UACCAGAUUAUUUAUUAAAAUUGUCUGUAGUUCGAGAUCCAAAAGGGAAGCAAAGGAAAAAGAAGAGAAGGGACGACUAGGUUGGUGCGUGAUGUUUAGUGAUAGUGUUUGGCUAAAAUGACAUGAAAUAGACUUGUUAGGAAAAUAUAUGCUUGGACUUGUUUAGUUUUACAUUAAAAUUAGAUUAUCUAUUCUAAUAAUUCGUGUAAUUAUUAUAUUUCCUAAAUUUAAGCGGUUUAGGUAGUGAUAGUAUGUGUUCUAUAUCAUGCGUAGUUGAUAUUAGAUAGGAAAUACAUAAAUGUACUAGUAAUACAAUUUUGUUUGUUAUAAGUUGCAACAAUUUGAUUAUAAUGCUUUGGAAUGCAAAAGUUUUGAGAUUAAUAUAUUUAAAUACAACUAAAAAACAAUCAAAAUUUAUGAAACAAAUUCCAAUUUGAUUUAACUUGCUCUCUAAAGCAGAAACUAUAACAUAAGCAAGGAACAAUUACAAACCAAGCGAUUAAACUUAAAGAAAAACGAGAAAAAGAAUCUGAAAAGAAUUUGAAAUCGGGCUAGGCACACAAUAGACAAUAUUAGUUUUUGAGUAGCUUUUUUCAAAAACUACCAUUUUUACGUAUAAUUACACAUUAAAAUUUUCUCAACAACUAUUAUUACUGAACACUUCAACCUCAGAUAACUAGUUUCACAACUAACAGUUAUCACUACACCUAAAAAGCUCACGACUUACUGCUAAAAGUCUAACAACUACUUUUACCUAAUAGGUCUAGUAUCAUAACAGAUUAAUCCAAAAAAUUAAAAUAGAUCUCAUAAAAUCAUAUGAGAAACCCCUUGAAGGAGAGGCAGUAGCUCAGUGGAACAACACUCCGAAUUUGAGGCCAUUGCCUAAGAUUCGAAUCCUCAUUUCAACAAUAUGUUAGGGCAUCUACUCUGGACUGUUUAGCCUUGUACCUAAUCUCUGAACUGGUGUGUCCUACAUGCUAAUAACCUAGCAUAAAUCGAUUUUCGUAUCAAUUAUCUUUCCUGAUAUAAAACAAUCAGAAACCCCUUAUUUCACGUGAAGCGAAUAUGGCUUAAGUUUGCAAACGCCACAGCAACCACUAAUCUCAUCAGUCUACUUACUACACUACCCUACUGUGAUCGAAUUGUGGGCUGCGUACAACAACACCCAUUCAAUAAUUUAAUGCAGACUUUCCAACGCCUAAUUCAAUGCCUGUUUCCGUGGUCCGUCUCAUCACACGUCCCCCACGGACGGCCCACAACCCACGGCCCACGACCCACGACCCACAGCCCACGGCCCACUAUAUAUCUUCUCAAAAGAGAGAGAUUUUCUGAGAAAUGCAAAUCAUAUCCAAACUUCCAUUUUUUUUUCUUUAAAAUCUUCACUCCACUAUAAUUUAUAUGUUCUGAACAUUUUUGUAGAGUUUUAAAAAGAUGUUGAAAGUAUCAGAAAUAGUGGAUAAAUUGAAUCUACAAUCUCACCCAGAUGGUGGGUUUUACGUCGAGACUAUGAGAGAUAACUCUAUCACACUCUCCAAAUCUCUCCUUCCUUCUCAAUACAAGGUGGACCGGGCUGUUAGCACUGCCAUUUACUUCUUGCUGCCUUCAGGUUCCGUGGCACGUAUCCACCGCAUUCCUUGUGCUGAAACCUUUCACCAUUACAUAGGUGAUCCGAUUACGGUGGUGGAAUUGAAUGAAAUGGACGGGCAGGUGAAGUUAACUCGUGUUGGGCCUAACCUUCUUGAGAAUGAGACACCACAGCACACAGUGCCUCCUUACGUGUGGUUUGGUUCUAUUCCAACUAAGGAUGUUACCAUAUCUGUGGAUGGUUCGCAAAUUAAAGUCACGCCCAGAGAUGCUGAGAAAAACUACUCGCUGAUUGGAGUCACAUGUGCACCCGCUUUCCAGUAUGAAGACUCAGAGCCGGCAAAGCAAAGUGAGCUUGUUGCAAAGUUUCCAAACUAUGAGUCUCUUAUUUCUCUUCUCACCAUCCCCAACUGAGGCCAUUAUCUGUUUCACUUCUAUUACAUCGUUGUUGUGUAAUCGUAUUACAUAAGAUAUUGUACACUAUAUAUGAAGCGUUAAUCUGCGAUCCGAUCUAGUUACUAAAAAGAAUCACUUUAUUACA